AUGCCCACCCGCCUCCCCUUCCUCCCCGUCUCCGGGUUCUUUCCAGACGCCGGCGCUUUGAUGUGGCUCAGCGUGAGCGGGCAGCUGCCGGCCACGGGGGCUGCAGCAGCGCUGCUGGGCCACUGGGCCCCGGCGGACCGCUGGGAGCCGACUCGGAGCGCGGUUCAAUCAGUGGGGCUCUCCGAGGAACGCUGGAGCUUGCUGUGGUGUGUGGCCGCGGUGGGGAAGGUAAAGACCGUGGCACGUGCGCCGGCUUCCUGUGCGCCCUGCAGCUGUAUUCUGUAUUGGAGAGAUGAGAAAAAAAACCUGAAUAUCCAGAAGAGCAAGGGCAAUUUAGUUCCCGGAGUAAACACAGCGCCGCAGUUCUUCCCCACCUUCCAUCCUCCUGUGCCAAUCGACGACAGACAUACCCAGGGACGUUACAUCUACGAGCCUUCCCCCGUGCCCCCUCUUCAUGUGCCUCCCGGGUUGGCGGGCAGUCCGGCUUUCUCCGACAUCUCCCUCAUCCGGAUCUCGCCCCAGAGGAACCCCUCUGUGGGGGCGGAGUCGCCCUUUCACCCUCCGCACCCUUACAUCAACCCGUACAUGGACUACAUCCGCUCGCUCCACAGCAGCCCCUCCAUCUCCGUUCUGUCGGCCACCCGGGGCCUCAGCCCCGCAGAUGCCCCUCACACAGGUCUGACCACAGCCGAGUACUACCACCAGAUGGCUCUGCUGGCGGGCCACCGGAGCCCGUACGCCACCGACCUGCUCCCGUCCGUGGCGUCCACGGCCGGCGUGAGCAGCGCCACCGCCCUGCACAUGGAAUACCUGCAGGCGAUGGAAAACUCCCGUUUCUCGAGCCCCAGGCUGCCAUCGAGGCCCAGCAGGAAGCGCCCGCUGCCCAUCUCGCCCCUCUCCGAGCACAGCUUCGACCUGCAGACCAUGAUCCGAAACUCGCCCAACUCCCUGGUCACCAUGCUCAACAACUCUCGCUCCAGCUCCUCCACCAGCGGCUCCUACGGCCACCUCUCUGCUGGAGCCAUCAGCCCGGCGUUAAGCUUCGCCUACCCUCCGACCCCGGUGGCUUUGCACGUGCACCAGCAGCUGAUUGGCCGUCAACCGGGCCUCGUGGGCUCUGCCUUUGGCCACAGCCCGCCGCUCAUCCACCCGUCGCCGGCCUACGCCACCCAGAGGUCCGUGCCUGGCAUCCCCCCCUCUGGGCUCAGCGCCAGCGAGCGCUCAGCCCUCUCCAACGACUCCUCACAGACCAAACCGACGAGUGAAUCUGCAGUGAGCAGCACGGGCGACCCGAUGCACCACAAACGCUCCAAAAUUAAACCCGAGGAGGAGUUGCCGAGCCCGGGCGCCGUGAGCGUGCAGGACCAUCCGGAUGGGAUGACCCUGGUGAAAGAGGAAGGGGACAAGGAUGAGAGCAAACAGGAGCCUGAGGUGGUGUACGAGACAAACUGCCACUGGGAGAACUGUUGCCGCGAGUUCGACACGCAGGAGCAGCUCGUACAGCACAUCAACAAUGACCACAUCCACGGGGAGAAGAAGGAGUUUGUGUGUCGGUGGGAGGAAUGUUCCCGAGAGCAGAAGCCCUUCAAGGCCCAAUACAUGCUGGUGGUCCACAUGCGCAGACACACGGGGGAAAAGCCCCACAAGUGCACAUUUGAGGGCUGCGCCAAGGCCUACUCCCGUCUGGAGAACCUGAAGACUCACUUACGCUCGCACACCGGCGAGAAACCGUACGUGUGCGAGCACGAAGGCUGCAACAAGGCCUUCUCCAACGCCUCGGACCGGGCCAAACAUCAGAAUCGCACGCACUCAAACGAGAAACCGUAUGUGUGUAAAAUCCCGGGCUGCACCAAACGCUACACGGAUCCCAGCUCCUUGCGCAAGCACGUGAAGACGGUGCACGGGCCGGAGGCGCACGUCACCAAGAAACAGCGCGGGGAUUACCCGCGUCCUCCGCCCCAACGGGAGCACGGGGGCAACGGCCAGGGCCGGUCGCCAGGGCAACUGCCUCUGGGUGGGUACACGGACCAAAGGGAGUACAACCAUGCUACCUCAAAACAGGAUGAAUGUCUGCAGGUCAAGUCCAUCAAGACAGAGAAGCCUAUGACGUCUCAGCCAAGCCCUGGCGGUCAGUCUACAUGCAGCAGUGACCAGUCCCCCGUCAGCACCUAUCCCUGCAGUGGAGUCCAGCUUGCUGUGAGCGCCGGACGCUCGCCAGGGGAGGGGCUGGAGGAGGACGAGGAGCAAGAGGACAUCGAAGAGGAGGUGGAGGAGGAGUGCGUGGGUGUGCGGGCCCCCAUCAUGGACUCCACGGUCUCCACGGCGACCGCGGCCAUGCUGACCCUGCAGGCGAGGCGGAGCGUCGGCCGCCCCCUGCGCUGGAUGGAGCACAUCAAGAUGGAGAGGCUGAAGCAGGUGAACGGAGUGCUGCCCAGGCUGGGGCCCCUGUCCCCUACACCGCCCCCGAAAGGUUCCACACUACCCAACAUCCUGGGGAAGGGAUCCUAUCUGGGCAGGCAGUGGGGGGUGUCUGCUCCUCAGCCACCUGCUCACGCUGAGCUGAGCAGCACAGAGCUAACGGUGCUCAAUUUGCUCCGUGACCGGCGCGACAGCAGCGGCAGCGCCACCAGUUCAGCCUACCUGAGCAGCAGUCGGCGCUCCUCCGGCAUCUCCCCCUGCUUCUCCAGUCGGCGCUCCAGCCAGGGUUCCCAGAACGAGGGCACGAUGACGGCCGGCCACCACCGCCGCCUCCACAACCUCAGCUCCACCGACUCUUACGACCCCAUCUCCACCGAUGCCUCGCGCCGGUCCAGCGAGGCAAGCCAUUACGGAGGUGGGACAGCAGGGAUACUCUCAGGCGGGGGCUGCGGAGGUGCGGGAGGAGUAGUGGGGUCACGGGGGAUGCUCACUUUAACCCCAGCGCAGCACUACCACCUGAAAGCCAAGUACGCCGCCGCAACUGGCGGCCCACCUCCCACGCCUCUUCCCAACAUGGAGCGCAUGAGCUUGAAGACUCGCAUGGCCAUGAUGGAUGAGGGUGGGAGCAACCACUCUUUGCCGCCUCUAGUCAGGCCACAUUGCUGCGGUGACGGCACCAACGGGUACACCAACGGGUACGUGGGACAUGCAGGUUACAGGAGGAGGGUCCUGUAUCCCGGCGAGGGACCACUGAAUGGGAACCGCAGGGCCAGUGACCCGGUGCGGACGCAGGCUCGUGAUAUUAGCAGCCUGCCCCCGGUGCAACGCUUCAACAGCCUUAACAACCUCCACCCUCUUCCACCUCUGACUCAUCUUUCGACGCCGGAAACUCGCAGCUUCAGCCUACAGAACUACACGCGCUCAGAGGGCAACCUGCAGAGAGGCCUGCAGCACUCGCCGUACACUCCGAGCAUCGCCGAACACGCGGCCUUAGAAGCCCUGGCCAUGGAGGACGAGGCCGGCCUGUUGCUGGAGGAUGAGGACAUGCUGCCAGAUGACCUGGUGCAGUACCUCCACUCCCAGGUGCAGUUGAACGGUGGCUCCUACAUGCACAUUGAGGACCAAAUAGCUUCUAGCCAAAGGGACACCUCCCAUCCGUCGAUGGAGGAGAUGGAACAGAUCCAGACUUCGGGGUUGAACAUGGGCUUCGCCGGGUCCCACGGUCUCCAGCCGCCGCAGACAGAAGAGAGGACGAGCCCGAGCAAGCUUCCCAUCCAGUGGAAUGAAGUGAGCUCCGGGAGUGCUGACAGGUCCCCCGAGAGGGAGCUGAACCACCAGACACAGUGCGGACGGUGGUCGGCCGCGGAACAUGGACCCGUAGCUGCGCCUUUUGGCAGAUUUGGAAACAUGGUGGUUCAGCAGCAGGUGCCCGUUGAUUUCCAGAACAGUUGUGCGCAGGUGAAUCAGCCUCAAAGUGCGUGUUGCGUUAACCCCGCGGUGAAGCUAGAGACACCGCCUAACUCCUGCAUGGAGAUGAGAGGUAGCAUCUCUACGAACCCCUUCGGAAGGCCUAACUUCUCACAGAUUGUCAACGGGCCUCCUCAGCAGGGCUUCAAACAGCAGGCCUCCAAUGGACCUCCGAAACAGAGCCACUUCCAGCAGAACCACAACAGUAGCACCUCGUGCCAGAUCGGAAACAACCUGAUCCUCAGCAGGGCCUCUAUGGACGUCCUCCCCGGCCUCUCCCAGGGAACUGCUCUCCAUCACAACCGGCAGGUCCACGUCCCUCGCCCACCCGACGGUUACAGGAACUCGGUCAGGACCCAGCAGUACCUCAACCCAGAGACCUCUGGUGAGAUCCAGGCUGGUCUCAACCAGCAGCAACAACUGCAGAGAAGUGGGGACCACUGCUCCCUCGCACGUCAGGUAUCUGGGCUGAAGCUGGAGGCCCCAGACCACGGGUACUUGGAGCAGGGCUUCGGGGACUGCCUCCCCUACGACCCAUUGGAUCGCAAGGCCUCCUCGUUCCCUGUCCUGGAGGACCAGUGCUUGCUCAACUCCAUGGCUGAGUCCGUGGGCCAAGCGGUUGGCAGUGUCGGCGGGAGCUCGGCCGCCCUCCUCUCCCCUGGCAGGGACCAGGUGACCAGCACAAUGGAUGGCAAUGUGCCCGGUAUACUAGACGAGGGGGUAAGUCUGGACUUUGGUGCCAUGCUGGAGGAUGGCUAUGACCAGGGUAGCCUGGUCUCAGGUGUGUUGAGUCCCUCCAUUUUCCAGGGUCUGUCCAGGACCUCGUCACGCCUGACCACCCCUCGAGCAUCCGCGGCCUUCCACAGCGUGGCGCCCGGCGUAAACAACAUGGCGAUCGGGGACAUGAGCUCUCUCCUCACCACGCUGGCGGAGGAGAGCAAGUUCCUCGCUAUCAUUCAGUAGCUGCUCUCUCUCUCUCUCUCUCUCUCUCUCUCUCUCUCUCGCUCUCUCUCUCUCGCUCUAUCUCCCUGCUUUCUCCUCCCUUUCGGGAAAAAAACGGGGAGACAAAAAAAGAGAAAAACUCUGGUGUAUGUGAAGAUUAAGACCAAAGUGGCAAUUAUGAGAACUUUAUUAUGUACUUAAAAAAAAAAGUGUUGUGGAUACGGCAGUAUUGCCAAACCCAUUUAUUUUGUACAAAUGUCGUCCCGCGCAGACAUGGGAUGUGUCAAAAUGAUGUAUAGAUGAAUAGUUAUAUUCCUUUUGUGGAAUGUAGGCUAUUUUUGGAAGCUCUUCUGUUUGUAUUUUCUGUGUGAAGGUGAGCAAAAGUUCACUUCCUUAAAAAAACAGUAUUCUCUGUAUUGUCACUGUUUUUGCUGUACACACUGUCGGUAAAAAUGCAUGUAUUCAAGGUUAAACACGAACACUGUCUAUAUGAGUACAUAGACCAGCCCACGUGCCAAGUAUCUACCCUUCGGAUCCCACAGGUACACAUCCAUCCUUGUCACAGCAGGUCACACUUAUGUAAUUGAUUUAACAGGCCCUGGAUGAUAACUUUAUACAUCAUAGUUUUUUUUUAAAAAUAAGUGGCGUAUUUACAUUUGUUGUCAUUUUGUUUUUGUCUGUUAUUUUUGUGAAUCUGUAAAU